AUGCGUGGAAAAGCAUGUUUGGGGGCUAGAUGCUCACGAUGCAGAGGCGAUGGAGUUUGGCUGGGCGGGCUGAGGCGUCUGCAGAGACGUGGAUUGGCUGCGUUGAGGAUUUUAACUUUUUUUGAAGCAACCGGCGUGGUCACAGUGGAAAUUACGGAGUCAAUCAUCACUCUUCCAAAAAAGGCAGGGCCAUGUGGAAGCCUGCCCUAG